AUGGACUACCAAGGCACCCAAAGAAACAGGUGUCGAGGCCUGAGUGGAUCUUUACUUCUCAAUCUUUUGAUAACUGCUGCCACGAUCAUCUAUCUCGUCUGGAGAGCUUUGAAAUCAAGCAAAGUCACGUUCUACCACAGCAAAAGCAGCAUCGCACUCCAGGGCGAUCAUGAGCCGCAGAGGACCUUUGCAGACCUCUGCAAAUCCAUAAUAUCGCCAUGUCAUCUUAGCUCCUUCCUCUUCAACGGGCACCUCCAGACAGCCGGGAACCUGUAUUCUCGCCGCUCCGCCCUAAUAUCAUACAGACGCCACAUCUUCGAACAGCAAGAUGCCAGAUACCCUGGAACCUUCGCUGUCGACUUUGUUGUCGAGGACCCAGAACCACAGCAUCGAGAUUUCACACCCAAGGAAUUCCAAAGCCUCCCUUCCGUUGAUUGCAACCCUCUCCUUAUCAUCAUACACGGCCUCGCCGGCGGCUCCUCUGAACCCUACAUUCUUGACCUCAUCGUGUCCCUCAUACGCCAGCCCAGUGGCAAUUCUCUCAGAAAUUGGAAAGCCUGUGUGCUCAUCUCCCGCGGCUGCUCCGGCCACAAGCUCACCAGCGACCUCUUCUACUCCCCCGCAUCAACACAUGACCUUGGCCAGUUCAUGUCCUGGCUCUCCCGCACAUUUCCCAAUCGCCCCUUAUACGCAAUCGGUUUCUCAUUAGGCGCCAACAUUCUCACAAGAUACCUCGGCGAACAAGGCACGUCGUGUCCCCUGCGCGCCGCGAUCUCCAUCUCGAAUCCUUUCGACCUUCACACCGGCAAUAUUCUCCUACAGCGGUCUUGGAUCGGUCGCCUCUACCUCCGCGUGCUUGGCUCGUCGCUUAAAACGCUGUUCCUCAAGCACGUCUCCCAACUCUCGCUCGACAAAGCCAUCGACAUCGAUCAAGUCCAUAAAGCGAGGUAUCUACACGAAUUCGACAAAGCAGUGCAAUUGCAGAUGUGGGGAUACUCGACGGUCGGGUCGUAUUAUAGAGGUACCUCAAGCGUUGACUCUCUUCGUGAUAUCAGAAUCCCGUACUUCGCGAUUUGUUCAGAAGAUGAUCCGAUCGCCGUUAUUGAUGCUGUGCCAAGGAAGGAAUUUGAGGCUUCAGAGUACGCUGUGCUAUGUAUUACGGAGCGAGGCGGCCAUAUAGGCUGGUUUGAACUAGGAGGACAGAGAUGGGUAGUAAGAGUUAUAACAGCUUUCCUACAGGAGAUGCAAUUUACGUGA